GGGCGGGGCCAAGCCGCCCCGCCCUCUUUCCCCGGGGCUGGGUGAACCAGCGGACAGGCCCAGGAAGAACAACUUCCGCUUCCCCCCAGGCGGAAGCUGUUUCCGCUUCCGUGCUGGGCGGGUUCAAAGGUCGUGCGUUUCGAGGUGGCGGAAGAGCAAUAGCCGGAGAAGGGGCCAGCAUCUUCUGGACGUUCUUCCUUCCACAACUGCACCAACAUCUCCCCGCACCCACCUUCCUCCCGCUGCUGUUCCUUGCUGAAUGAGAAGAGACCUUCAGCCUGCCCCAAUGGUCAAAAAAUUAAAGCCCCUCACAGAGAACAUCUUGCUGAUAAUGUGGUAGCAGUAUGCAGAGAGAAAAGUGCUCCCAAUUUUUUAGAAUGGCUUCCUUUGGGUGGAAGAGGAAGAUUGGGGAGAAGGUUUCGAAGGCCACUUCCCAACAAUUUGAAGCUGAAGCUGCUGAUGACAAAGGUCUGGUUGAUAAUGAUGAUGAUGUUGACUGGCUCCAUGCCACUAAGAGAAGAAAGGAGAUUCUGUUGGAAGACUGCAUGGAGAAAAGUAAACAGCUGAAAGAUGAAGGUGCACGUUUGGCUGAAAAUAGGAGGUACUGGGAAGCUGUUCACAAAUGGGAUGAAGCACUUCAGUUAACUCCAGAAGAUGCUACACUUUAUGAGAUGAAAUCACAGGUCUUGAUGGCUCUACAUGAGAUGUUCCCAGCAGUGCAUGCAGCAGAAAUGGCCAUCCAGAGAAAUCCACAUUCUUGGGAGGCAUGGCAGACUUUGGGACGUGCUCAGCUUGGAUUAGGAGAAAUAGGACUGGCAAUUCGCAGCUUUCAGGUGGCCUUGCACAUCUAUCCAGUGAGCCCUGAACUAUGGAAGGAAGACCUUACCUGGGCAAGAAAGCUGCAUGAACAGCAAAAGAAAGCCACAAAGACUAAGGCGAUGCAAGCUGAGGCAAAAGAAGCAGAUGUUGCCCAUGAAUCAAUCCCAGACUAUGACUUUGAAAGUGAUGAGAUUGUGGCAGUUUGCGCAGCUAUCGCGGAGAAGGAGAAAACUGUUUCAGCAACUAAAACAGUAGUGAUUGUGUCUGCUUCAGGCACAGUAGAGACCAUAACUGAGAAGGAGGAAUGUUCUACAACCCCCGAUGAUGCCGUUUUUAUCAGAGCCCGAUAGUGCAGCAUAAUCUUUUGCUGGUAUUCUUUUGAAAGCUAAUGUUAUUUAUCAAGUGUUGGAAGAAUUUUUUUUAGCAGCAGUGGAACAGGGUAAAAUAGAAUGGGUCAUUAUUUCUGAAGUAGAUUUUUCAGAGGAAAAGUGUUUUAAAGACAAUGUGAAAAAACAACAGAUAAGCGAAAACCUGAAUUCCUGCUGCAUCCAUACUAUCAACUAGGCGUUGAUAUUAAAACCCAUAUUUUAAGACUUCACAAAUAUAAUUUGAAAACACAAAUUAUAUUAC